GCGGAGGCUCCGCCCGGCUGCCGGGGGGCGGCGGCCAAUGGGCGCGCGGGGGGGCGGGGCCCAGCGGGAGGCACGUGCGGCCGCGCACGUGUCCGCGUGGGGCCGCCGCAGCCGGGGCGGAACCGGCGCCGGGACCGGGACACCGGGACAUCGCGACAGCGCCGCCGGGACAGCGAUACCGAUACCGGGACAGCGAUACCGGCACCAGGACCGCGGUACCGGCACCGGAACGGGGACACCGACACAGCCGCAGCUGCAGCCGGGAGCAGGCGGCCUCGGCCGGGCAGCACCACAGGAGCCGAACUCGGGGAGAGGCUCUUCCGGGGGGGUCCCCCCUGCCAUGGAGCCCCCCCCAGCCCACACCUGCUCCUGCGGCUCCCCCACCUCCAGCCCGGGGGCUCCCCCCACUGGGACCCCCGCAAAAUCCGAGUGGAGCCGCAAGCGGCCAGGGGGGCCGGAGAGAUCACCCUCCGAAUCGCCCCCAUCACCCCGUGGGGGGAAACGGCCCCGGAAGGGGGAGGGGGGGGACACCUCCCCCAGCGACGGCGAUCGCCUCUUCGCCCAAAAAUGCCAGGAGCUGCGGGGCUUCAUCCGGCCGCUGGCAGAGCUGCUGGAGGGGCUGAAGCAGGGGCGAUACGACAAAGGGCUGAGCAGCUUCCAGCAGAGCGUGGCCAUGGACAGGAUCCAGCGGAUCAUCGGGGUCCUGCAGAAACCCCAAAUGGGUGCCCGGUACCUGGGGACGCUGCUGCAGGUCGAGGGGAUGCUGCGGGUCUGGUUCCCCCACGUCGCUCCCAAACCCCCCCAGGAUCCAUCCCCCCCACCUGCUGCCGCCACUGCCCCCCUCCGCCGCCGCCCCCCUGCCGGCCCACCCGGGGCUCCCCGCUGCCGCCGCCGCCCCGAGGACACCCCCCGCUCCACGGGGACGUCACAUCGGGGGUGCCAGACCGGGACCCCUGCAUCCCCCCGGGCGCCAGAUGCCUGACCCCCCCCCCGAGCUGGGGGGGGGUCUCUCCUGGAUUUGCCUUUUUUGACUUUUUUUUGUAAAAAAUGGUGGACAGUUUUACCUGCAGGUGCGGCCAUCAUGGGGGGGGACCCCGAGCACCCCCCAGGCACCCCCAAACCCCCGGGAGGGGUCGUGCCUUCGCCGGAGCGGAGUCCCCUCCCCAAGGGGGUAGUCGUGCCUCAGUGGCGGGGGGG